UUCCCCAAAGCAAGUGAACGCAGCGCAAACUACCACGUGACUUACAUCAGCUGGUCUGAACGCGGAAUUAAAUGAAAACAUGGUGGUUUUACUGAGCAGCUUACCUACUACACAGAGUCUAACACUGUGUCACAGGGUGGUGGAUGGACUCUGUGGACAGGAGCCUCCUCGUCGGGAGGAUUACAGCGCUACCUGGAGCCUGAAGGAGUGGCAGGAGCUCCUCCACUCUCUGACAGCGUUGUUCCGUCUGGCUGCAGGGAACAACAGCUCUGAUGAGGAGGUGCUGGCCAGCCUAUCAAAUGUGAGCAGCAGCCAUGCUGAGACUGUGCUGACGGUGCUAAAAGCCAGACGGGAGGAGAUCCGGCGCGCUCUGCUGGACAGAACCAACUCCAUCUCCUCCGCUACUCUGCAGGACUUUGACUGGCAGCUUAAGCUGGCCCUGUCCAGUGAUAAGAUCUCAUCUCUUCACACUCCUUUGCUUAGUCUCAGUCUGGAUGUGAGGGAGAACGGAGCCCUCCGGCCCAUCACCAUGGAGAUGAACAGAGAGGAGCUAAACACACUCAUCAGUUCACUAGAGGCUGCUAAUAAGGUGGUGCUGCAGCUGAAAUGAUGGAAUGAUUGUGGAGCACUGAUCUCCUUCAGAUGUAAGACUGCAGGAAGCCUUCAUAUGUGUGGCUGACACACACAAAUGAUUUUUGAUAAUCAAGUCCUGUGAUAAAACGUUCUCUUCUUUUUAAUUCAGUCUAACGUGUGACUGCUUAACAUUUAUAAUGUGUCAUGAACAUGUUGAAGUAAAUGUUUUAUUAAAUCCUAUUUGAUU